CAUAUAUGUCCUGAUAAACCAAUGGAUGUGCGAGCAACAACGUGUCCAGUUUGUUCAAGAGUUGUUCCAAUAAAUCGAGGUGCCGACCCCAAUGUUGCAGUCAAUGAUCAUAUCAAUGCUGGGUGCCCAGAUCCUGGUACAUCCACUUCAGAAAAAGCAUACACUAACCCAUGUUCCAUGCAGGGAUGCAGUAAAAAGGAACUGGUGCCAAUACUGUGUCAAAAGUGUUUAAAGCCGUUUUGCAUUCGGCAUCGACUUGAAGCAGAUCACAAGUGUAGUAUUGCUGGAUCUACACCUCCUGCUCAGAAAAACGGACAAAGCUCUGCCAAGACAAAGAUGGUGUCUGCUGCAGCUAGGCAGAAUACUAGAGGAGAACAAGCAGCUCAGCUGGAUAAAGAUCGCAGGGAUAGAGCUUAUCGAGCAACUCAGGUAUGA